AUGCCCACUUCCAUACAUCACUUCAUUGUUUUCUACUUCCUAGUCUCCAUCUCCCUCACAGAUGGGACAGAACUGAUAAUGGUAAACAAUUGCAAAGAGAGUGUGUGGCCAGGAAUUCUUGGCACUGGAGAAAACCCUUCUCCUAAAGAUGGGGGGUUUCACCUUGCUAGUGGGGAGGAGGUCAAUCUCCAAGUCCCUGAGGGGUGGUCAGGGAGAAUAUGGGGUAGACAAGGCUGUUACUUUGAUGAACAAACAAACAAAGGGUCUUGUGAAACAGGUGAUUGUGGAGGCCUUUUGCAAUGCAAGGGCAUUAGUGGAGUCCCUCCUACAACCCUUGUAGAAAUGACCCUUGGAACCCCUCAGUCACCGUUGCAUUUCUAUGAUGUUAGUUUGGUUGAUGGGUUUAACCUUCCCGUGUCCAUGAAGCCUGUGGGUGGUGGUGGUGCUUGUGGUGUUGCAUCAUGUGAGGCUGAUUUGAAUGUUUAUUGUCCGUCUGCAUUGGUUGUGGAGAGGAAUAAGAAGGUUGUGGGUUGUAAAAGUGCUUGUUUGGCUGCAAAAUCAGAUAGGAAUUGUUGCACUGGUGAGUUUGCUAACGCCAAAAGUUGCAAGCCAAGUGUGUUUGCUCGUCUUUUCAAGACCAUUUGCCCUCAUGCUUAUAGCUAUGCUUAUGAUGGUUCACAAGUUCUUAAGACUUGCAUGGCACCCCGCUAUGUCAUUACUUUUUGCCCUCCACAUUGA